AUGAAGGACGCAGAAUCAGGGAUAAAUAUGGAGGUUGGUGAGGAGAUGGUAAACACAAAUGAUUCUAGAACUGGGGAUGAUUCUGCCAAGAUUUGGGAGGACAAUGAACAUUCACCAAAGAAUAUUCCUACAGUUGGGAUGAAAUUUUUAACCGUGGAUGAGGUUUAUCAAUUCUAUAAAACUUACGCAUACCGCGUGGGAUUUCCUAUUAGAAGGAGGAGCUCCAGAAAAGGCCAUAGCGGAAAUCUUGAAAGCGUGAUAUAUACUUGCAGUCGUGAAGGCAAUAGAUCUGGGAAUGCAUGCAAUCAACUUAAUCCUCACCCAACAAGUCAAACUGGUUGCAAAGCUAAGUUGACUGCAAGUACAGAUGCUACUGGACUUUGGAGCAUCAUAGCUAAAGAGUUGACUCACAAAAUGUACUGCAAUAUUAAAUGCAGUAUGGAGGUUCCUUUUGGAUCUGAAUACAAAAUAGUCGAGGAUGUUCAACACGAUGGAAAAAUAGGUAAACAAAAAACACUUGUUGUGUCAUUUAAUCGUGGAGAGUCUGAAGUUUUUUGUAGUUGCCAUAUGUUUGAGUUCAGGGGAAUUCUAUGCAAACAUGCAAUUUCAGUCCUCCUCCUGAAUCAUGUGUGGUCUGUUCCAGAUAAGUAUAUCUUACGAAGAUGGAGAAGAGAUGUGAGUCGACUAUACAUGCGGAUCAAGAUCAACUACAACGGCUGGAUAGUUGCGCCAGGACAAGAAAGGUACGAUGAAUUGUGUCGUGAUUUCACAAGGCUAGCAGAUAUUGCAACACAUAAUGAGUCGGGGUUCAAGGAUGUUAAAAAAUGGAUCGAAAUGAAAACAAUUGAGUUGGCUACUUUACGGUCUAAUUCAUUGAGAGGUUGUAAUUUAGAGCCAAAUAGUUGUGUUGGUGAAAUAGAACGGGGAAUAACUUCAGCGGAUAAAUACUUGACCAGUAUUGCACCAAAAGAAAAGGUGCACCUCGGAAGGCUCGGAGGAAAAGUCCACUUGAGCUUGACACAAGUGAAUGCGAAGACGAAGAAGGGAAAAAAUGUAAGGCCAGAUGGUAGUCCAUGUGUUGGGAACCAAUCUACUGCGUGUCAACCAAGUCAGAGGCAUCAACCUGACCAAAUUUCUUUUUUAGAACUGUUGCACGGAAAUCGUCUUCAUGAUUUGGAUAGCUUAAACGGAUUGAAUGAUACG